AUGGCGGAGACUGUGCCCGUUAGAGGUGAUGUACCGGCGUCUACUGCCCCGGAAUCUGCCGCAGUCCCAGCCGCCACCAAGAAGAAAGCCGCUUACCGGCCUCAGAAAGGUGGAGGAGGUGGCGCUACCACCGCGGCGGCUGAGCAGAUUCUGGAGGCGGUGGCCGCUGCCAAGGAGCGCCAGGCGCCGGCCAAGCUCGGCGGGUCUCUGAAGAAAACCAUCUCGGCCGCGGGUUACGAGCCGACGGAGAAGGGCGGCCCGGGUCGGCCCAACCCGCCGCUCGGUAGCACCUCGGCCAACAGGGGGGGCUCGGCGGCGGAAAGUGGGCCCGGGACCUCCGCAUCCACGUUGCAGUCGGAGCAGAGGCAGCAGCAGGUGGCGGAGGAAGGACGGGAGGAAGGAGAAGCUCAGGAUCGGCCCAAGCAAAGAGCAACCAAGAGAAAAGCGGCUCCCAAAAGGGCGGCGGCGGCCAAACGCACCAAGAAAGCGGCGGCCAAAAGCCCCCGGAAGGGGACGGCGGCCAAGGCCAGGAAAACCCCCAAGCGGGCGGCGGGGAAACGGGCGACGACGGGGAAGAAGAGAAGGUAA